AUGAAUGUGUGGAUUGCUGCCAGUGACGGAAACAUCCAGAAGGUCGAAGAGUAUUUUUCCGAAGGUUUUGGACCAGAGUCCAAAGAUCCAAACGGGUACACGCCUAUACAUGCUGCUGCGUCGUAUGGACAUGUUGAUAUGCUCCGUAAGCUGUGCUCAGAGCCUUAUAAUGGUAGUGUGAAUGUACGUGACAACGAUGGUGACACUCCGCUGCACCAUUGCGAGGAUUUGGCGGCUGCUAAGGUUAUUUUGGAAGAGCUCGGAGGAAACUUUAAAUUGACAAAUAACGAUGGAAACACGGCACUCGAGGUAUUGGAAGAAGACCAGGAGUUUCCCGAUUUGAUCCAGUACCUACGAGGACAGAGUGGUGUCGCGGAAGAGCCUUUGGGCAUCGACAGCGAGCAAAUGGCACAGUUCAAAGAUAAUCUGCGCUACACACUCGAAAACGAGCCCGAGACAAACGAUCCUGAAAGUGCAGCUCGCCGUCAAAGGAUAGAACAGAUUUUGGACGGCGGGAAUCCUGAGCAGGAAUUAGAACAAUACAUCCGUGAUCUGGUCCGCUCCCAAUGGUCUGAUCAGGGCGCAGAGCCAGAUACCAAGAGAAGAAGGGAGUGA